AGCUUUUGAAUUGAGUGUUAUAGUUUAGUUUAAUUAGAAACUAACCUCUUUCUUGUGAAUAUGUGCAUCAAAAUAUUAGAAUCAAAUUUUUGGUCAAUUUUUAAUUGAGUUAUAUCUACAUUCUAUUAAUUAAUAAAUAAUUCUACAAAGUGCAUAAUUUAUAAUAUUCAAGUAAUUAAAAAUUAUGUUGUAUGGUUUCGGAUUUUUAUAGCCUGAAGUCAAACAAUCAUGGUACGAUCUUGUUCGUUAAAAAAUUGUUCUAAUUCAGUAAAACAAAAGUAUCGUUUUUUCGUACUACCUUCAGUUAAAAAAGUUGCAAAAAGAACAGCAUGGUUACGAAAAUGUGGUCAUCUUUUACCGGAAAAUCUACCAACGUCUGGAAAUUCGAUUUCUUUAUGUGAAGGUCAUUUUGAACCUGAUCAGUUCGUAGAAUAUGGACCAAAUAUACGAACUAUAUUGAAGCCAACAGCUGUUCCCACAAUUUUCACCAGAAAUCCGCCCCGAGUUUGUGAUGCUGUAGCAUUGAAAUACAUAAAAGUAUUAGAAAAAAAUGUUACUGAUCCAGUUGAUACAAUUCCAUAUGAUAUAAGUUCAACAAAUCCAGUAGAAGAUUCAAAUAUGAUGGAUAUAUCUGAGAAUGAUGAUAAUACUUUAUUUUCUAAUACACCACAAAAGAAUGAUACUGUUUUUCCUUUGAUUGUGGAUCCAAAUCUUUCUCAAGUUGAGAAAGAAUUGCUUACUCUCAGUGAUUCUAUUACGCCCGACGAAAAUGAAUCUACAGUUAAACUAUUGAGAAUAAAAAAAAAUUGUAUGUUAGUUUCAACACCAAUUGGAAAUAAAAUUGUUCCUGCUGGUGAACAACAAAUUAUCAAUCAACCAAGUCCGCCAGUUGAACAUCCUGUAUUAUCUAUAGAUUAUGAUAAUACUAUUACUACUGAUAUUAAUGUUGACCCACCAUUUUCUUUAGAUUCUAAUGAUGAAUCAACACUGGAAAUAUUGCCAACAAUACCAGAACCUCUAAAACAAGUGGUUAUAAAUUCAGAAUCCUCUGUCGAGAGUCAAUUACCUGAAGUUACAAUAAAUUCUAAUGAGUUAUCGUCUUCACCAAAUACCAAAGUAUUUCUAGUUGACAACAAUGCAAAAAAAGUAAAAUCAGAGUUUCCUAUUUCGGAGCAAGAAAAUUUAGAGCCACAUAAAGUAAAUGUACCAAAAAUUGUUUUGGUAAAAAAACCUCAUGAGCUAAACAAAAUUCAAGUUAUGACUAAAGUAUCGAAAAAGCCAGUUGCAUUGAAAUUAACUCCAGUAUUGUCCCCUAAAAAAUCUUCGAAUAUUUCAGUAAUUGAAGAAAAACAAGUUAACGAAACACAUAAAAAAAAUAUUACACAUGAAGCUAAUAUGCUAGAACAAAUCUUAACUGAUUCAUCAGAUUUAAAAUCAGAUUCCGAGCCUGUGGAUUUCUAUUCAUCAGCAGAAAGGAAUAUUGAGGAUCACGAAACCUCAGUGAACUCCAAUAAUAGUGAUCAAGAUAAUGUGACAGAUAAUCUCAAAAUGCUUAUCAAACAAACAGUAAAACCAAUUAAUGAUGAUGUAACUUCUGUUUUUUUCCCUUCAACGAAUAAUGAUCCGAAUUUUUUGAAGAAAAGAAUUCAUGAAUUAGAAAGUGAGCGUGAUUAUGCUAUAAGAAAGUAUCGUAGAUUGGCCAUGAAAAUGGAAAUUUUCUACAAAAAUAUGAGAUUAUUCUUAACUGACGAUCAAAUUCGUUCUUUAGAAACUGAUCCAAGUUUGGUAAAUACUGUUCAUUGGUCUCUAGAAACUCUUCAAAGAAGUGCAAAAAUUCGUAGUAUAAUAGGACCAAGAGGAUAUGAAUAUCUUCGAAAUAAAGAACAUUUCCCGCUACCAUCAUUUCGUACUUUGUACCGACAUAAAGAUAUUUCUAAAUUAAAUGAAUAUACAGAUGAAAUGAUUCGAGAUCAUAUGAAUAAUACUAUAGAUGAAGUAGCAUCAUCAGGAACUAAAAAUUUAAAUUCCUCAGAUGAUGAUAUUGAAAUUGAAAAAGAAAUAUUACCAGAGCAUAUAAAGUUAGAAGUAUUGGAAGAUGAACAAGAAGAAGAUAUUGUAGAAACUAUAAGAGAUAUAGAACAGUUGGAUAAUAUGACCGAAGAAACGAAUAAAUUUGGAGAGAUUUCUAAUAUUGAAGUAGUGAAAUACGUAACAAUAAACACAUCAAAAGACCAAAAAACUGUUACAUUAUGAGACUAUGUGAUUGUUUAUUUUAAUUCGUUUAUGCAUAAAUCAAUGUAAUAGAUUAAUUUUAAAUACUGUAUUAAACUAAGAGAUAAUAUAAUAAUAUAGGGAGUAUUAGAUACCAAUGCUAUAUUUACUAUUUUCAUCGAAGAUUCA